UAACAAUAAUAUAAAUAAUAAAUAAUAAUAAUAAUAAUAAUAAUAAUAAUAAUAAUAGCAGCUAUAUCUAUAAUAGUAAUAAUAAGGAAGACAACAGUGUCUGCAUCGGUCUGAUCAGUAAAA